AUGACCGAAGAACAAGAACUGGAACACCACAAACAACUGGAACUCUGUACUACUCGACCUGCUUACAGACAAGGCAGGAAAUUAACAGCAGUAAAAGUUUACACUAUAAAUCAAGAAUCUCAGCAUUUUUACGUUUACGGAGUACCGUCGAUAAACUUACGAAACGAAUUGAGGCGGCUUUGCGCUAAAUAUGGGCAAGUGCUUUCGAUAUCUGUGGUAUCGGAUGUCGAGACGGAAAUAUUUACGGAAUGCUACCAUGUUCGAUAUCAGAGGAUCCAGUCCGCCAGGAUAGCCAAGAGAUUGUUGGACGGGAGGUCUUUCUAUGGGGGAAUUUUGCAUAUAUGCUAUGCGCCCGAAUGCGAAUCUGUACAAGAGACUAAAUUGAAACUAGCCCAACGAAAAAAGGACGUAACUUCGAGAUUGCAAACGAAAGAAAAAGAGAAAACUUGA